AUGGCUUGGAAAUCCACCUUUCUUCUGACCUCUCUCUUGGUUGGCUCUUAUGCCACACCGCUCCCAAAACAUGCCCGCGCUGAAAAGAUAGUCUGGGGCCCUUGUGGAGAGGAUACCGUCACUGCGCCAGCUCAAUGCGGCAACCUGACAGUGCCGUUGGACUACACCGAACCCGAGUCCGACAAAACACUCCAGCUCCAACUACUCAAAGUUCCAGCUACCCGUGAGCCGAAGAAGGGAAGCAUUUUGUUCAACUUCGGUGGACCGGGGUUGGAGGCAAGACUUACCUUGUUUGCACAGGGUGAAGUACUACAAGCUUUGACCGGUGGCCACUAUGACCUAAUUGCUCACGAUCCAAGAGGAACGGCAAACACCCUCACAGCAUACUGCUCUAGAAACGAAACAGAGCGGCUCACAGUUAGUGUGGAAUCACGAUUUAGCGACUUCCCAAACGCCUCCGACACGAUGGCACUAGGAAGGCAGUGGGCUGGCAGUGGAUUGUUUGCCAAGGUUUGCGCGGAGGGGGAGCUGAAAGAAAAUGGACAAUACAUGAGCACGGCAUUCACGGCAAGAGAUUUGAUGCAGAUCGUAGAUGCAGUCACUGACGAUGGUCUGCUGAAGUAUUGGGGUUUCUCAUAUGGCACGGUGUUGGGAUCUACUGUUGCCGCGAUGUUCCCGGACCGGGUGGAUAAGCUGAUUAUUGACGGUGUUAUGAAUCCACACCAAUACUUCAAUUCAUAUGACACCGAAGUGUGGGCCGAUGUAGACAAGGUCUUCACCAGCUUUUUCCAGCAGUGCCUCCAGACACCGGAACAAUGCGCCCUUGCCAGCCGAAAUGAGACUGCCGAACAGCUCGAGAGAAGCAUUUACCAGUUGCUAGAUGAUGUUAAACGCGAGCCGAUCGUCUAUGAACACACUGUCAUUGACCAUAGCAUCAUCAAAACUUUCAUUCGAUUCUCUCUAUACAGCCCUAACAACUAUCCUACUCUGGCCGCUGCGUUUAACUACUUAUUGGACCGGAAUAUGUCGAAGUUCAUGGAGCUGCUCGAAGCCCAACUGGGAGGUGGAUUACUGGCCGCGGCGGCGAGCAACGACGCGGCAUUCGCCAUUCCCUGCUCUGAGAAGAGAACCGGAGUACAUACCUUGGAGGAGAUACUGCCUUAUAUUGAUCUCAAUCCACCAUCGAGUAAGCUAUUGGGAGAAGUAGGAAACUCCAUCGCCAUGACGUGCACUCAGUGGCAGAUCGACGCCAAAGAACGCUACGUGGGUAAUUUCGAGUCGAAGACAAAACAUCCCAUUAUGGUUAUCGGCAACACUUACGACUCUGCCACUCCACUUGUGUCGGCCCGGAACAUCAGUGCUAGCUUUGAGGGCAGUGUCAUGUUGGAGCAUGGCGGCUGGGGUCACGCUUCUUUGGCUCACGGGUCUUCAUGCACGUCCAAGAUAGUCCGGGAUUACUGGACCAACGGUAGUCUUCCUGCUGCUGGGACAAAGUGCGAACCGGAUUAUCCCCCUUUCGAGCCUGGUUCAUUGAAAGAUGUUCUGGUUAAGAUUGGCUUCUUGGAUAAGGAAUAA